GACCCCCGUUGUCCUAAACCAACAACACCAGCACCUCCAAACUGUUACCUAGGAAGUAGAGAUCCAAGAUGUCCCCAGACGACGUCCCCGAAACCAGUGUGUUACCCAGGGUCUCCCGAUCCAAACUGUCCACAACCCUCACGGCCAACCACAAUAAAUCCUCCUACUUAUUUGCCUCCUACAACGCCAGAACUCAAAUGCUAUGCCGGUUCUACAGACUCACGUUGUCCCAAACCAACUACUUCAGCCCCUCCUAGUUGUUAUCCCGGAAGCACAGACCCGCGCUGUCCUAAACCAACAACUCCCGCACCUCCAAACUGUUACCCAGGAAGUACAGACCCCCGUUGUCCAAAAUCAACAACACCAGCACCUCCAAACUGUUUCCCAGGAAGCACUGACCCGCGUUGUCCCAAACCGACCACUCCUGCGCGCCCUAACUGCUACCCAGGAAGCACAGACCCCCGUUGUCCAAAACCAACAACACCCGCACCUCCAAACUGUUUCCCAGGAAGCACAGACUCACGUUGUCCCAAACCGACCCCUACUGUGCGUCCUAACUGUUACCCAGGAAGCACAGACCCCCGUUGUCCAAAACCAACAACACCAGCACCUCCAAACUGUUUCCCAGGAAGCACUGACCCGCGUUGUCCCAAACCGACCACUCCUGCGCGCCCUAACUGCUACCCAGGAAGCACAGACCCCCGUUGUCCAAAACCAACAACACCCGCACCU